GUCAUCAUCAAACUGGGCACGGUGUUUUACUUCUCGAACGGACGGGCCACUUUGAAUUAGCGGGUUUUUGGCCAGCUGUCCAGAUUAUCGAAUCAUUUCGAUAGUAACUUUUGUUGUUGUGCAAAAUGGAGAAAAUCAACCGUAAAUCCGCAGCCAGGGCAUCGAUACAACUGGGUGAAUUGGACUACACCCCCAUACUGCUGGCCUGUAUUGUGAUCCUGGUGACACUGGUGUUACUUUAUGUGUGGAAAAAGAAACGCUCAGCCCGUUCGGAUGUGCUAUUUAUGGGACUCUGCGACUCGGGCAAGACGUUACUGUUUUCCAUCUUGAUUUUGGGCGAGGAGAAGGAAACGUUCACUUCCACCAAGGAAAAUGUGGGCCAUCUGAUGACCUCUCAGGGCGAGCUGCGAUUGGUGGAUGUUCCCGGGCAUGAACGAUUGCGGAGUAAAUUCUUCGACCAGUACAAAAACCUGGCUAAAGCAAUCGUUUAUGUGGUCGAUAGCUCAACGGUGACCAAGGAUGUUCGGGAUGUUGCUGACUUCCUGUACACUAUCCUAGCGGACAAAGCGACGGCUUCAUUGCCGUUGGUUGUUCUAUGCAACAAACAGGAUUUAGCCUUGGCCAAAGGAGUAACCGUAAUUAAAAGUCUUCUGGAGAAGGAAUUUGACGUUGUGCGCCAGACACGAACGAGCCAGCUGCAAUCGGUUGAUGCACAGAAUUCGGAUGCCGUCUUUCUGGGGAAGUCGAAUGAGGACUUUGAUUUUAGUCAAAUUUCUCAAACGGUUAAAUUCAUGCCCUGUUCUGGUCAGGAGGUUCAGCUGGACGAGUUAACCGCAUUUCUGGAUACGUUGUAAGAUCUGUAAAAAAACACUUCACUUUUCUACUUUCUUCGCGUGAUCAGUUUUGAUUGAUGUGACGGUUAUUCCAAUACUUUUGAUUACUAAGGUUAAUAAUAUAUCAUUUUCCGGUAGGGCGCCAGUGUAUUUUGUUUUACUAAUAAACGUUAAGUUAUUUUUUUGAA